CCUCGUGUUUUUGACAGUAAACAGCUGACAACAGAUGACGGCUGAUAACAGCGCUGCAUCUUUCUUAAAACAGAAUUACUACUCUAAGCAUAGAGCAGCCGGACCGCAGGGUGGGAUCCGCCUCAUUCUCACACACCGUCUCUGAACCUGCCGGUGCCCGCCGCAUCAUGGACCCUCAACCCAACCAAGUGAACUCCAGAGGGAGAAACUACCCGAGGCAGAGCGCAGCGGGAGAGUCCGGAGCGGAGCCGCAGGCCCCGCAUAUGGACGGACAAACCCCGGAGGUGGGAAGGCAGCCAGCGGCAGACCGACAGCCUCAGUACUCAGGAGCGUUCACCGUCAUUCCGCCCAACCAGACCCGCCGGAGCAAGAACAAAGAAAUGGCUCAGAGGGAAAUGGAGGAUCUACAGAGAUACAGGGAGGCGCACAGGCCUGGUCCGCUGCACCUCGCUCCAGAGAGGCUGGGUGGAGGGGAUGUAACGAUGGCCGAGGCCAGGCAGAGGCAGUUUACCAACCAGAGAGGCUCCAGUCUGCAGAAGAAGCUUAAAAAGGAGGAGAUGGACAAGAAGAAGAGACAAGAGGAGGAGGAAGAGUGGCAGAAGAUGAAGGCCACACAGAGGGAGAAGGCUGAUCGUCUGGAGCUGAAGAGGCGGCAGGAGGACCAGAGGAGGCGGGAGCUGUUCCACUCGGAUCAGAACAGGAAAAAUGACAGUUUUCUGCAGAGUCUCCAGAGAGCUGCCGCUCCGUCCGGCGGUGCUGCACACACAUCGUCCAUGACCAAAGUGGGCGACCAGGAGACAGAAAAAUUGACAAGAAGUACGGAAGAGCUGCAGCUGGAGCACAGGAGGGUGAACCAAGCCUUUCUCGAUAAGCUGGAAUGUAACGCCAGGGGGAUGGAGGUCGAGGCGAACAGCUGCUCCCGCCAGGAGGAAGAGCGUCCACGUUUGACCCCUGACGAUCACAGGCGACACGCCGCAGCCGGACACGCCGCCCUGACUCACCCGGAGCCCGGUCCAGAGCGCCGCUGCUCCGACUGGACGGAGGAAACUGAUCCGCAGGCCGACUGGAACCUGAUGAAGCUGAUGAACAUCUUCCCAGACUGCAGCAGAGACUUCAUCCAGGACAUCCUGACCCAGUGCAACGGCGACUACGAGCAGGCCUGCGCUCUCCUCGUCAGCGCGCUCACUUAAAUUUGACUCGCCGGAUGUUUUAGGACAAGCGGAUUCAUGUGGGGAGGCUUGGUGCUCACGUAUUAAAUGCUCCGCUGCCUGCCAUACGCAGCUGCAACAAAUGCUACCUACAGGGCCGAGAGCGACUCCGAGGAUCUGCUUCCUAUUAUCCCGUUAAUCUCCGAGCGUUCGGUGCGUUGCGUCUGUCGGGUGAGUCACACUGGCUUUUUGUGCCCACUCAGAGUCCAUGUUGUUCUUAUAUGAAUUUGGUAAAGGUCGCUGUUUAUGACUCACAAUGUUUAAAUCAUAUUUUGGGCUCCUAAUUUGAUCAUUAUGUAAAAAAAAAAAAAAAUUGUAUUGUGUUUCAUUGUUUUCUGUUGUUGCUAUCUGAUCAGAUUGUUGUGUCAUGAAUCUUGUCAGAAGACAGUAAAGGAUGGAAGUUUUACGGUGA